AUGGCUGCGGAGGGUUUUCUAAAAACGAGCAAGUAUUCGAAGUAUACAUCGUAUAGAAAUAUCCUGUAUCAUAGGUUCUUCGUCGGGCUGCUAUUGUUUAUUGUAGUGUCUCUAGUGUUGAUAGUCGUGUGUAACGUAUUCACGGGGAGUACGCCUCGGGGUGAUUUACGCGAAGCAGUUAAUUUAGACGCGUUGAGUUUACCAGUACGAACGCUCAUAAGUGAAUCUCAUGCAUCGUCUCCGCGCGUUGCAAACUGCACUUACUGGAGCUGUUUCAACGUUUACAAAUGUGGGAGAGGAGGUCACGAUAAGAUAACGAUAUACAUCUAUCCACUGACAGACUAUAGGGCGGAGGAUGGAAUGGCUAUAUCUAAGUUUUCUAAGGAAUUUUACGAGAUUUUGCACACAAUAAAGAAUAGUAAAUAUUAUACAUCUAACCCAAAUGACGCUUGUUUAUUAGUGCCUAGUAUUGAUAUGUUGAAUCAGAAUAGUUUUUCAAGCAAACAUGUCUCUCAAGCUUUACAAUCUCUGGAACACUGGAAUGACGGAGAAAAUCAUCUCAUAUUCAACAUGGUGGCUGGUGUUGCACCAAAUUACAACACCGUCAUUGAUCUCAACGUCAGCAAAGCAAUUAUAGCAGGAGCUGGCUUCGACACUUGGACGUUUAGACAUGGCUUUGACGUAUCUUUGCCACUUUACAGUCCGAUAGCACAAAGAAUUGACGACUCACAACCAAAACAAAAGAAUUAUAUGAUUAUAUCGACUCAGUGGAACAUACCCGAAGAUUACUUAGCCGAGUUACAAGGUAUAGCGUCAUCGUCUAAUGAUUUAUUGUUACUGGAUAGAUGUAAGACUGAAAGUGGUGUAACGGAUUAUACAAAAAGGUGUGAAUAUAUAACGGGAAAGGUUUUUGAUUAUCCGGAUAUUUUGAAGGAGGGUAUGUUUUGUUUGGUUGUACGGAGUGCGAGAUUAGCACAGCCAGUGCUUAUGGAUAUCUUAGCAUCUCAGUGUAUCCCAAUAAUUAUCGCUGAUACGAUAGUGAUGCCAUUUAACUCUCACGUUGAUUGGAAUAAAAUUGGUUUAUUUUUACCAGAGGAAAAUAUAAAGAAUUUGCUGAAAAUUGUACACUCAGUGAGUAAGGAAAGACGUGGGGAACUGUACUGGCAGUUGAGAUGGAUAUACGAAAGACAUUUCUCUAGUAUAGAGAAAAUUACAUUGACUACGUUGGAAAUUUUGAAUGAGAAAGUGUUUCCUCUGGCCGCUAGGAUGUAUGAAGAUUGGAAUAUGCCAGAACAUUUGUACGGCCCAGUCAACCCGUUGUUCCUGCCGGUGACCGCGCCGAAGUCUCCCGGAUUCACGGCUGUCAUACUCACGUAUGACAGGGUCGAAAGUCUGUUCACACUCGUGAGAAAACUCGUCAGGACACCCAGCCUUGCCAAGAUACUCGUCGUGUGGAACAAUCAGAAGAAACAGCCGCCACCAUCGUCCGAGUGGCCAGUAGUGAACAAACCAUUAAAAGUGAUACAGACCAAAGAGAACAAACUGUCGAAUAGAUUUUUCCCAUACGACGAGAUUGAAACAGAGUGUCAGCUGACGAUUGACGACGACAUCGUCAUGUUGACGCCUGAUGAGUUAGAAUUCGGGUUCGACGUGUGGCGGGAGUUCCCCGACAGGAUAGUGGGCUUCCCCUCCAGACUGCAUGUGUGGGACAACGUUACCGGCUCUUGGAAGUAUUACAGCGAGUGGACAAAUCAAAUAUCUAUGGUGCUAACAGGCGCCGCGUUCCACCACAAGAUAUGGUCGUGGUACUACACGUACAAGAUGCCUUCGGAGAUACGUUCCUGGGUCGACGAUAACUUCAACUGUGAAGAUAUUGCAAUGAAUUUUCUCGUCGCCAACGUUACAAGGAAACCUCCUAUCAAGGUAACACCGAGAAAAAAAUUCAAAUGUCCCGAGUGUACAAACACAGAAAUGCUUUCAGCCGACGCGAGACACAUGUCUCAGAGAUCGGCGUGUAUCGACCGCUUUAGUCGUAUAUACGGGCAUAUGGCGUUGAAAACUGUGGAAUUUCGAGCUGACCCUCUACAAUAUAUGGAGUCAGCGGGAGUUCCACACGCGUAUCCAGAUAUCGGUGCACUGUGA